AUCUUCACGAGAAAAGCAUUCAGACGUCCGUGGGUCGUUCUGAACUAUUCACGCUCUUUGAAUCUAACAUCCUCCCUCCAAGGCGUGUUGAUUUACGUCUCAAUCAUUGAAGCUGGCAGCGCAUCACAGAACAUCAACUCAAUGGCAUUUACGACAAAAUUAGAGAAAUCAUCAGGCCGAAUUCGAUCCUAAUAACAUCAAUACCCCAGAACAAUAUGCCUUCAACGUAUGGUGACAUGCCGUCCCGCGCUUCGACGUUCCCCCUUUACCAUUCGGCGCGUCACAAGCCUCGACGAUGGCCUUUAGUCCUUCGAAUGACAAAGGGAUCGGUGCAUUUAAGUGUCAUGUUGCCUCUCGCCUUCCACUGCGGAUUUACUGCACUUGUUGUGUACUAUGAUCUCUACGUUAAAUCUGUAGGGGUCCCAGGAAGCAUUGUCCCUUCUUUGUCCAUUGUCGUCGGCCUCAUGCUCGUGUUUCGCAAUAGCAGCUCAUACGAUCGUUUCUGGACGGGACGCAAUAAUCUCUCUCAAAUGUGUGCGGGCGUCAGAAAUCUGACUCGAUACUUUUUAGCCUGUUCACGUAAUUCUAAGGAUGAAAGGACGGAGGCCGAGCGAGUUGACACGGAAGCAACAGUGCGAGUUCUGGUUACUAUCUUAUACGCCGUCAAGCACAAUCUUCGUGCUGAAUUUGGCGACACGAGUGUCACAAACCCAGGAACUCCCCUAUGGAGCUCAACCGUUUCUACGCCAUUCCUACCCACACCAGGUGUGGCGAGCCAUCGGCGUCAAUCACUUCUCGAUGCUGAAGCCGUAGCUGAAUCACUAAACUCAACAACUGUACGACCUGAGUACAACGAAGCCCUUCCGCAGACGCUGUCCUAUCUCGAAGAUCAUGGUUUGAGCAUGCCUCUUCAACUAGCCGUCAAUGUAGAGGCUUACAUUCGCCGUGGCGUUCUUCGUGGGUGGUGGGCCCCCCCGCAAGCCUCCUAUCUAGACACUCAGCUUGGCAACAUCGUCUCGAACUAUACCGCUAUGGAAACUAUUCGCUUCACGCCUCUACCGGUUGCACACCUAAUUCACGUGAAGCAGGUCUUGGCACUUUAUAUGAUGGUGCUCCCCUUUGCAAUGGUCGAUGAAUGGGCUUGGUGGACAAUUCCGUUGGUGGGUGUCGUCACUUUUACUCUGUACGGCAUUGAAAGCAUUGGAAAGCAGUUGGAAGAUCCAUUUGGAUAUGAUAGGAAUGACAUAAAGAUGGACGCCAUUGUAGAGGACGCGAAGAUGGAGUGUGAAGCUCUACUAGAAGAGUGGAGGAGAAAGGACAGCGUACUCUUUCAUUGAAGCAUUUGGAGUUCACGAUUUGCUAAGAUCUGUUGAAUGCUUCAGGUCUGUUCGAAACUUUUGGACAAAUUCUUCCAUGUUCAUUUCGUGCACAAGCAAAUGUUCUAUUAAUGUGCACUCGAUUAUAGUUCUCAUCUUAAACUUUCCGGAUGCAUAGUCAGAUGGCAAUAUACAAUACAUCUACACUCAA